AUGGGCAGCCAAUCACAUGUGCUAGUCGUAUCAUUUCCAGCACAGGGCCAUGUUGUGCCACUUAUGAAGUUGUCUCACCAGAUUGCUGAUCAAGGGAUCAAGGUCACAUUUGUUAGCACUGAGUUCAUAAUUGCAAGAUUAACAACAACAAUGCCAGUGAACGGCCUGAUAAGGCUAGUCUCAUUCCCAGAUGGUCUAGAACCUGGGGAUGAUCGAACUGAUGCUCUUAAACAGAUAAAUAGUUUUCAAGAAGUUAUGCCAGGUCAUUUCAAGGACUUGAUUGAGAAAAGUAACAAAUCUUAUGAUGAUCGGAUUAGUUGUGCCAUUGCUGGGAUAUCAGUUGUGUGGGCAUUUGAAGUUGCUGAGAAGAUAGGAAUUAAAAGUGCUGCAUUUAGGCCUGCUGGACCAAUAACCCUGGCCUUUACACUCCGGAUCCCAAAGCUACUUGACACCUCUAGUCUCUCCAUUUCACUUGAAAUGAAGAAAGUUCAUUUCACGGUUAAAAUUUUAUUUUAA